CUAGAUCCGCUCCAAAUAUAAAUGCUGUACCGCACCGACCAGCGCCGCCGCUCCCGAGACAGACGCGAGAAUGGCGAUCCCUUCCCCCGCACGACUCCACCUGCCCCCGUCCUGCCCCCGGCCGGCGGCUUUCACCAACCUCCAAUCCGUUGACAGGUCUACGCCGGCAUGCCGGUGGCGGGGGCGCCUUCUCCCCGUGGCCGCUGCUCCGCUCCGCCUCCGCGCCGUGCGUGCCACGGCCGCUGCGCGGCAGCCGUUCGACAACGGGUCCGGCGUCAUUGAAGCAGAGGGGGAGGAGGAGGACGACGACGAGCAUCCGCGCCUGAAGAUCGCCAUCGUGGGGUUCGGCAACUUCGGGCAGUUCCUGGCGCGGACGCUGGUGCGGCAGGGGCACACGGUGCUGGCGCACUCCCGCUCCGACCACUCGGCCGCCGCGGCGGACCUCGGCGCGUCCUUCUACGCCGACCCGCACGACCUCUGCGAGUGCCAGCCCGACGUGGUCCUCCUGGCCACCUCCAUCCUCUCCACGGAGGCGGUGCUCCGCUCGCUCCCCGUCCACCGCUUCCGCCGCAGCACGCUCUUCGCCGACGUGCUCUCCGUCAAGGAGUUCCCCAGGAAGCAGCUCCUCAGCCGCCUCCCCGAGGACUUCGACAUCGUCUGCACGCACCCCAUGUUCGGCCCGGAGUCGGCGCGCGACGGCUGGGCCGGCCUCCCGUUCGUGUUCGACAGGGUCCGCGUCGGCGACUGCCCGGCCCGCCGCGCGCGCGCCGAGGCGUUCCUGGGCGCGUUCGCGCGCGAGGGGUGCCGCAUGGUGGAGAUGCCCUGCGCGGAGCACGACGCGCACGCCGCCGAGACGCAGCUGGUGGCGCACACCGUGGGGCGGAUGCUGGCCACGCUCGGGCUCCGCCCCACGCCCAUCGACACCAAGGGCUACGAGACGCUGCUCCGGCUCGUGGACAACACCUGCAGCGACAGCUUCGACCUGUACAACGGCCUCUUCAUGUACAACAAGAACUCGACGGAGCUGCUCCACCGGCUGGAGGCGGCCCUGGACACCGUCAAGCGGAGGCUCUUCCACAACCUGCACGACGUGCUCCGGAAGCAGCUCUUCGAGGGCUCGCCGCCGCUCAACAGGGACGGCCCGCCGGGCCCGGACUCCUCGUCCACCGCCGAGUCGUUGUCUAAUGACCGGCCGUGAUCUGGACGCCGACGACUCGUCGUCGUCGUAGGGAUAAUAAUGAAACGCGCUUUAUGUCGCUGACAUCGAUCUGCCGUGGACUCGUGGUCCCUUCCUUCCAAAGACAUCACGAAUUCAGGACGAAUCGUGUCGAGCAGCCGAGUAGGGGCAUGAGUAGGUACUAGUGGGUGAACUUGUGCUAGAAGGGCAAUGAACUUUUAAACGUUUGUGUGAUACUUUUAUAUUGUCAGCAUUGUGUAGAUGAGCUUA